GAGCCCUAAAUAAUUGCAUUAUUGGGCCUGUUCCUCAUUUGUCAUAUCACCAUCGUCCAAGAAAACGACGCUUGGUCCUGCGCACUGCAAAAUUUCCUCACGUCUUCAAGUUGCAGCCUUUAUCAAUCAAGUCGCUAAAUUUCAAUACCAACAAAUCCAAAAUGUUUAACUUAGAUCAGAUGAUGCAUAGCCUUUCCAUCUGGGUCUCUCUGCUCUUGCUGUUGGCUUCCCUACUGUUGGGUCACUUGCACCUCAUCGGCUCCAUCCCCCAUCGCUCUUUGUGGAAACUUUCAAGAAAAUAUGGCUCCGUAAUGCUCCUCAAACUGGGCUCUAUUCCAACCAUCGUAAUCUCCUCUGCUGCUGCUGCAAGAGAGGUGUUACAAGUGCAUGAUCUUGCUUGUUGCAGCCGGCCUCGCUUAGCCGCCAGUGCAAGAUUUUCAUACAACUUUUUAGACAUAGGUUUAUCGCCAUAUAGUGAUCAUUGGAGGGAAGUUCGAAAGAUUAGUGUGCUUGAGCUUUUCAGUGCUAGGCGGGUACAGUCGUUUCAGCUUAUUAGAGAAGAAGAAGUCGGUUUGCUGUUAAAGUCCCUCUUUGAAUCGUCAUCUUCUGCUGCUCCAGUUGAUCUGAGCGAGAAAUCUUAUACUCUCACUGCAAACAUAAUGACCCGGAUUGCAUUUGGCAAGAGCUUUAGAGGGGGUGAGCUAGAUAAUGGAAAUUUUCACGAGGUUAUCCGUAGAGCAAUAGCAGCAUUGGCAAGCUUCUCAGUGACUGACUUCUUUCCCACAGUGGGUUGGAUUAUUGAUCGGGUCAGUGGUGUUCAUGGGAGGUUGGAGAAGAGCUUUGCUGAGCUGGAUGCUUUUCUCCAACAUGUAGUUGAUGAUCGCAUCAACUUCAUGGCGACUUCUGAAAAUGAAAACAUUAUUGAUGUUUUGUUGAGAAUGGAGAGAGAGCGCUCUGAAUCUGAUGCUCUGCAACUCACUAGAGAUUGCAUCAAGGCAAUUAUCAUGGAUAUAUUUAUAGCUGGAGUGAACCCAGGAGCGGGCACCAUAAUUUGGGCAAUGGCAGAGCUGAUUAGGAAUCCACGGGUAAUGAAGAAGCUACAAUAUGAGAUUAGAAGUUGCAUAAAAGAAGAUCAAGUGAAGGAGAGCGACCUGGAAAAGCUUCAAUAUCUAAGAAUGGUAGUGAAGGAGGUUUUGAGGUUGCAUGCGCCUGCCCCACUUCUCCUUCCAAGAGAAACCAUGUCUCAUUUCAAGCUCAAUGGUUACGAUAUUGCUCCAAUGGUUCAUCUUCAUGUCAACGUUUGGGCGAUCGGACGAGACCCGGAUUCUUGGAGUAACCCAGAAGAGUUCUUGCCAGAGAGAUUUAUGGAAAGCUGUGUGGAUUUCAGAGGGCAGAAUUUUGAGUUAUUACCGUUUGGAGCUGGUCGGAGGAGCUGUCCUGGUGUGAACAUGGGGGCCAUUACGGUGGAGUUGAUAUUGGCUAAUCUGUUACUUUGUUUUGAUUGGAAAUUGCCUGAUGGAAUGAAAGAAGAUGUGGACAUGGAAGAGGAUGCUGGUCUAACAGUUGCAAAGAAAUCACCUCUUAAACUUGUUCCAGUCUGCUACGGAUUUGGCUCCACUCAUGAUCAUGAAUGCCAAGUACCAUGAAGUUAUACUAUAAAAAUAAAGGGUAGAAUUUUUAUAGUUGUGUAAUUUAGUUUUUUAAGUUCAAAAGGUUUUAGAUAUGGCUGCUCAAAAUGAUGAUUGCCUUCGUGCAGUCUUGGACUUGCUGAGCGUCAAAACUAAGCCAUUUGUCCAGCUCAUGGAUGCAAGAUUAUGUUAUACAAAUGCUCAAAACUCCAUGAUCUUGCAAGCUCUCGUGCUUGAAAUACCAAUCAAAAUAUUUGUAAA